GAUUACUAACCACCAGUAUAUAUCCCUACACGCAACACCACCCUUGUGGAUAAGGCUCUGUGCGUGCGCUAGUUUUAAUUACUAAUACUAAUCGUACCGCGCCGCCGGCCGCCGCCGCCGCCGCCGCAAACGUGCGCCGCUCCGCCACUACCACCGCAGCCAUAUCAUCGCAGGAGCACGCACGCCACGCGGCGAACCAGACGUCCCACGAUGACCACUCUGUCAACGACGACCGCGGCGGCGUGGACCAGGGAGGAGGACAAGGCGUUCGAGAACGCGGUUGCGGCCGCCGCGGCGCCGCCCGCCGAUGGGCCGCCUGACGACGGCUGGUUCACGGCGCUCGCUGCGAGCGUGCCGGCGCGGACGGCGGAGGAGGUGCGGCGGCACUACGAGGCGCUGUUGGAGGACGUGGCCUCCAUAGAGGCCGGCCGCGUCCCGCUCCCGCGCUACGCCGGGGAGGAGUCCUCCGCCGCCACGCCUGACAGCGCCGCCGGUGCUGCGUCCACGCCGAAGGACGGCGGCGGCGGAGGGGGCCACCGGCGCGAGGAGCGGAAGAGCGUCGUCGACGUGGGGAAGAGCUGCUCCAAGGCGGAGCAGGAGCGGCGCAAGGGCAUCCCGUGGACGGAGGAAGAGCACAGGUUAUUCUUGCUGGGGCUGGACAAGUUUGGCAAGGGCGACUGGCGGAGCAUCUCGCGCAACUUCGUCAUCUCGCGGACGCCGACGCAGGUGGCGAGCCACGCGCAGAAGUACUUCAUCCGCCUCAACUCCAUGAACCGCGACCGGCGCCGCUCCAGCAUCCACGACAUCACCAGCGUCACCGCGGGCGAGGUCGCGGCGGCCGGCGCCCCGAUCACGGGCGGCCCCGCCGCCGCGGGCGCGAUGCCGAUGGGGCCCGCGGGCAUGAAGCACCACCACCCGGGGCCGCCGAUGGGCAUGUACGGGCACGCGCCCAUGGGCCACCCCGUCGCCGGCCACAUGGUGGCGCCCGCGGCCGUCGGCACGCCCGUCAUGUUCCCGCCGGGUCACUCGCCCUACGUCGUGCCGGUGGGCUACCCGGCGCCACCGGCCAAGAUGCACCAAUGAUCCCUUAGCUGCAUGAUCUCGAUGCGCUUCUUCUUGCUCAUGCGUUUGCACAUCUGCAAAGCUGCAAUUGUUUGCCUUUGUUCUUUCUUGAUUUUUGUUGAUCUUGUGUAGCUAAAGCAAUCCACCCAUCCUUCCUGGUCUCCCAUUGAUGUAACAUAGAUGACUUGAGUGAGUGCAGGGCAGGCAGGCGAAUAAUAAGUAUCUGCUGACUGUUGCAAGAGCUACUUAUAAUCACACCCAUGGAGGCUCCAGAAACGUGUAAUUAACUGCAGCCUUCCAGGGUGCAUUGAUCUAUCAUUUGUGCAGAGUUGCAACUGGGGAUUGAUGGAUUCCAUUUUGCGGAUGUAAAUUGGUUGCAUAUAUCUCAUUUAUGCAUAAAGAUAUUGAUCGCCACAUUACAUUUAC